AUGGAACUUGAAGGACUUGUACCAAAAUCUUUCCUUAUCAUUGCAGGAAUAGCAAUUCUCUGCUGCUUGGCGAGGCCUGAUUUUAACUUGCCGUUAUUUGUAUUUGCCUGGCUUAUAUGGUCUGAGCCUGACAAAGUAAUUUUUACUUAUCCCAUUUUAGAAAUAUUAUUGAUUGAUUGUUUUUAUCAAUAUAAUUAUAAAUUUAUAUAUAAGGAGGGUUAGACCCAAAGAAUCAAGGUAUUUUAUUUAAUGAUAAUCACCUUCAUCGUCGAUUUUAUUUGGCUUUGCUACUGGGGAUCAGUUUGGAAUAAUGAAGUUGACUCAGGAAAUUGGGAAUCUGGAGUCCAUCACUUUGUAUUUGCCUUGUGCGUAAUCAACUUUAUUAUUAAACUGGCUUCUAUUGUUUUGGCUGGACUCACUGAAAAAGAAAAUUUCAAGGAAAACCUCCCAAGCGUGCUAGGCCGCGUUUUAGGUUAA